UUCUUCCGUUCUUUGUGGCUUCCUGUUGGAGAUUCAGGAUUGUGCUUGUCGUUGUUGGUUUUUUUCGCAGUGAAAACGCAAGUUGCAUUAAAGCAUUUUAUAAUUAGCAUAGUUUCAAAAUUGUCUUUGAUCAUUUAAAUAAAAAUUCGUGAGCAAAAUCUCCGAGGGAAGGAAAGCUAUUUCUUAAUUUGAUCAAAUAAUAUCAGCUAAUUUCCAAAGAUGCCGAAUAUUAAAUUGCAAAGCUCUGACGGCGAGGUCUUCGAAGUGGACGUUGAAAUCGCAAAAUGUUCAGUUACAAUUAAAACCAUGUUGGAGGAUUUGGGAAUGGACGAGGACGAAGAGGAAGUUGUUCCCCUGCCAAAUGUUAAUUCUGCAAUUCUAAGGAAAGUCAUUCAAUGGGCCACUUAUCACAAGGACGAUCCUCCUCCUCUCGAGGAUGAUGAGAACAAAGAAAAACGAACAGAUGAUAUUAGUUCGUGGGACGCAGAUUUUCUAAAAGUUGAUCAAGGAACACUUUUCGAACUAAUUUUAGCUGCAAAUUAUUUAGAUAUAAAAGGUUUGCUUGACGUCACAUGCAAAACAGUUGCCAACAUGAUUAAAGGCAAGACGCCCGAUGAAAUUCGUAAAACUUUCAACAUUAAAAAUGAUUUCUCAUCUUCAGAAGAAGAGCAAGUUCGCAAAGAGAAUGAAUGGUGUGAGGAGAAGUAAAUUCUUUCCUACUGUCACAGUCAGAAAGGUUAUUUAUUUAAGUUUCUUGCUUUUUUUCCCCCUUUUAUUCUAUUUCAACACUUUUUUUUUAUUUUCUCUUUAGAUUUUGAAUUUAUUUUCAAUGAUUGUAAAACAAGAAAGAAGAAUAACACUUGUAAAUUCUUUGUAACUUUCUGUCGAUUUGAUAAAAAAAAAAUUAUUUCUGGAAUUUAAUAUUCCCGUCCCACACUUUUUGUGCAUUGUUUCGCUUUCUAUAUUACACGUUUUACUUUAAAAGUAAACUAAAUGUUUUUAUGGUAAACAAACAGGAUGAGUGGACCAGUUUAAUGUUUAUUAGCUUAAAUGUACGUUCUAGCGAUUCACUUAAAAAAAAAAAAAAGAAAACAUUUUUAAUAUUAUAAUAUCGAGUGUUUAAAAAGUAAUAUAUAAGUAGAGGAAAAUAGUUGUAAUAAACAGCGAUGAAAAAUAACGGAAAAUAUAUCCUCUGGUACACUCUACCUAUUUGCUUUUGAGUUAAAGACUUUAAUUUUUAUUGUCAAUAUUUAAGAAUAUUUUAUCAUUAUAUAAUAUAACUCUUGGUAAAUAUAAGAAAUUUACGUUUAAAAAUAUUGUCUUGUAAACAUAUUCGAUUAAAAUGCUCGGCGAAUUAUGAAUGUGCGGUAAUUCUAAGAUGCUGAUGUUACUCAAAGAGCAGUCGAAUGAAAAUUUAAAUUAGUUCGAGGAUUAAAAUAAAUAAUACUAAUACAUUGUAAA